AUGACGGCCCUAGAUCUUGCCAGAAUAUACAAUCAAACUGCAGUGACGAAAAUCUUAGAAGAUAAAGAAGCCAAAACAAUCAAUGAAAUUUACAAAGCUCCAACAACGACCGAUUACGUGCUGAGUGGAUCAACCUAUGCCGAAAAAGUUUCACGUGGCUACUACAACCUAACCCAACAGCUUACCCUCGAUAUGCGCAACACCAUCUUGGUGGUGGCCACGCUCAUCGUGGCUGCCACCUACCAGGGGGUGCUCCAGCCCCCUGGAGGAGUCUAUCCUGCUGACGAUGUCGAAACCCUUAGUAUGGGGCGGAGGUUGCUGGGAACUGGUACUAACCCUGAAAGCAGCCUCCACCCCAUAUUGGGGCGGAAGCUGCUGGGUAACCCGGAAAGCAGCCUUCGCCCCAUAUUGGGGCGGAAAGGAGAGGACACAUGGAAGAAACCGACGGCUGGGAAGAUGGUGAUGAAGAAGGAUAAGUACCGGUACUACAUGCCGUGCAACACGUUUGCAUUUGCAUUGUCAAUGGUGAUAGUGAUAUUCGUGGUCCCGGGCUCACCAGUGUUCUUGAUCCUCCACCUCUGCUUAUUGUUCAUGUGCAUCAGCUAUGUUCUGGCUCUGGACGCUAUAGCUUUUUACACGUGCAUCUCUGACACGAUCUAUGCCAUGUCGCUCUACGCCAUUGUCGGGGCUUAUGUUGUGAAGCUCUUGUAUUAUCCGGUGAAAGCGCUCCUCGUUGACGAGGAUUGGUGGCUGCGGGGACUCGGCGUCAAGUUUGCUAAUCGUUGUAGCGUAACAAAAUGGUUUUUCUCCGAUACUCUUGUGAUGAUGAAGCAGCAGCACCUGGUGCUACGUCUUAGUUGA